UGCGGGGUUGGCGACACAAAUUACCGUUUUUGGGGUGAAAGGUGCAUGUUUACGGCAUCAAAUGCAAUUCAUGCGAAUUUUCGAAAUUUUCCAUUUUUACGCCCUUUCCAUGCAUCAGAAUCAUAUUUUGCAAGUCCCGUUUAGAUAUCUACCAUGGAAGUAACAAGUUCAAAUUUCAAAGAAUUGCUACCAGAAAUUGAGAAAGUAAUCAACAGAUCGACUUUUCUGGCUAUUGAUUGUGAAUUCUCCGGCUUGAAUGUUGUUUCCGAAAUAAACGCCUUCGAUACGCCCAAGCAGUAUUAUGAAAAAGUGCGCAAAAAUUGUAAGGAGUUUUUAGUGCUUCAGUAUGGGAUUAGUGCCUUUCGGUGGGUGUGGGGGUGUGAAAGGGGCUUUCGUGAUCGUGUUUGUUGCAGGUUUGAUCCCGCGGAUAAGAAAUUCAAGCAGCAGAGUUACAAUUUUUAUAUAUUUAGAAGACCCAUAAAUAACAAUAUUCCCGAUCAGAGAUUUUUAUGCCAGACUUCUAGUAUCAAUUUUCUGACGACUCAGGGCUUUGAUUUUAAUAAACUAUUCAAAUUUGGGAUCUCCUACUUGAACAUAUCUGAAGAAAGUGGUUAUAGAGACAAAUUAGAAGAAAGGAAAAAGUUUAGAAAUAACCAAAAUACGCCACAACAUAAUCAAGAUAUUGUACCAAUUCCUGAAGAUGCACAACCAGUAAUUGACGAUUUUAUGAAACAUUUGAGUGAUUUUUUGGACAGUGAUGAGAAUGAAUUGGAAUUGCCCAAAUGCAAUGCUUUUAUCAGAAGAUUAGUUUAUCAAACUACCGCCCAAAAAUUCACAAAUAAAAUUGUCUUACAAACGAAACAAAAUAAAAAUAAAGAUAGAAUUUUAGUAGCGUCAAAAUGCAAAAGUAAGGAGGACCAACAGGAGAUUGAGAAGCGUCUCUUCGAGGAGGAAAUGACAAAUUUACAUGAUUUUAUCGGAUUUACGAAAGUUUUACGAAUCGUUGUUGAAUCUGGAAAAUUAAUUGUUGGACAUAACAUGUGUUUAGAUUUUUUACACACAAUUGAUAAAUUUUUAACGCCACUCUCGGUCAAUUAUGAGGAAUUUAAAGACUGCGCCCAUUCACUAUUUAAAAACGUUUUAGAUACUAAAUUUAUGUCAAGUUCUGAUGAGUUUAAAGAUUUGAUUCAAUCGACUGUUUUAAAAAGCGUUUUGGAAACGGUUUCAAAAGCCCCGUUUGUGAUACCACCAGUUGAAGUUGAAGAUGAGGGUCAAGGCUAUUGCGUGGAUGAUUUAAAAGAGCAUGAGGCAGGAUAUGAUGCUUAUAUAACUGGAUUAUGUUUCCUUUCCAUGUGGAAUUAUUUAGGAACGUUAAAAAAAUUAUCAUUUGAAGAGACUUUCAAAGAUUUUACGUUACUGAAACCUUAUUUAAACAAAUUAUAUUUGAUGAUGUUGAGGGACAGUCAGUACAUUAAUUUGGAAGGCGAGGAUCCAAACCCUUCACGAGACCACGUUUUUUACCUCACAUUCCCCAAAGAGUGGAAACAGAGUAACAUAAUCGAGCUAUUUAGCCCAUUUGGUGGCGUUUAUGUCGCUUGGAUUAACGAAACUUCAGCUUACGUGGGGCUUCAUAAAAGGGAUCAAGCGGCUGUUGCUUUAAGUACCUUGUCUCAAAGUGACACUUACAGCAUUAUGCCGUUUGUUAAGAGACAGUCGCAGAUGAGUGGUCUUAAGACACCACUGUCAUCACCAGCGCCCUCUAAUCGUCGUAAAAGAAGCAUGGAAUUUCAAUCCAAGUGCAAUAAAAAAAUAAAAACCGACAAAACGUCGCACGGAAACAUGAAGUGUUCGCCCAUUUUGGAAGAUGUGGAAGCGGAAAAUGACGCAACACCCAAAAAAUGCCUCAGAAAAGAGGCCAAAACGUUUAGGGGCUUUUUUGAUUUAAAUUUAUUAUUUAUUUAUUAUAAAUGUGUUACUGUUUCAAACAAAAUGGAAUGCACACCGGAAGAAAUCGAACGUAAAAGACUCCUCGCUUUGGAGAAACGGGCUAAGAAGCGGCUGCUCAGUCCCCAAAACUCUAACCUCAAAAAUGAAAGUAACGCAAAAAUCGCAGCCCCACAGACUUCCCCGUUCCGUUUCAAGGACCCAAGUCAGUCAUCGAAACACAACGUAAAACCUUACGACAAGCCCAAAGCGACUUUACCAUUUUACGGCAAAGAUAAAGUGAUAACAGGGAAAUGUAGUUUGAUAGCAGAAGACAGAUUUGUGGUGGAACUUUCCGGAUUCAGCACACCAGCCAUUGAGAUUUUCAAGACUAUACCAACACGAAAUUACAAUGUUAAAACAAGAAACUGGGAUUUUCACGUCAAAGAUCAUGACGCGUUAAUUACGAAACUGCAAGGAUUACGGCCCAAUGUUCUCGUGGAGAAACUACCGACGUUUGUCCUCAAUUGCGUAAAUGGAGAAAAAAACGAUUAUUCGAAUAUUGAUUUGAGUAACAUUGACCCCGAACUGGGGGGCGCUUUAAUGCCGUUUCAACAAGAAGGAGUCCGUUUCGGUAUUGAUAAAAAUGGGAGGUGUUUAAUUGCAGAUGACAUGGGUUUGGGUAAAACAUUCCAGGCUUUAGGCAUUGCCCAUUAUUACAAGGACGACUGGCCUUUGCUCAUCGUAACGACCAGUUCCAUGAAGAACGUCUGGGAGGAAACCAUCAUGCGUUACCUUCCAAGUGUCUCAAUUUUCCACAUUCAGUACAUGACCACGGGGAAAGACUACAUCGGGGAUAGUCGAGUCUUAAUCGUAAGCCACGACAUGAUGUCACGUUACGUCGAUAAUCUACUGAAAAAACAAUUUGGAGUGUUGAUCAUUGACGAAUCACACAAUUUAAAAAACUUCAAAGCGAAGUGCACAAAAGCGGCCACUGCUUUGGCCAAAAAAGCCCUGCGGGUCAUCCUCUUGAGUGGCACACCUGCAUUGUCACGCCCCAGCGAACUCUUCUCCCAGUUAUCACUAAUCGAUGAUAAAUUCUUCGGUAGUUUUUUCGAUUACAGCAAGCGGUACUGUGAUGGUAGAUCGACGAAUUUCGGCUGGGACGCAUCAGGAAAAUCCAAUUUACAAGAGUUGGAAAUCGUUUUAAACCGCAAAUUUAUGAUCAGGCGGACCAAAGACGAGGUCUUGAAGGCGUUACCAUGCAAAUCGCAAGAAGUGGUCACUCUGGAUGUGAAUUUGAACGAAUUUAGUACCGAAGACAAGGAGUGUUUAAAUGCCUUGGCUGCUAAAUACGCCAAUCAGAAGAAAAGUGCAGAGAAACACGCAAUUUUACUAACUUUUUUUUCUGAAACUGCGAAAAUUAAAAUACCAUCAGUGUGUUCGUAUAUUUUGCAAGUUUUGAAGAGUAAACAAAAAUUUCUGGUUUUUGCCCACCACCAAAUUAUGCUAAAUGCAGUUUGUAAUGUCCUUGACAAAAAAAAUGUUAAAUAUAUUAGAAUCGAUGGGGGCACGACUUCGGAACAAAGGAAAUAUUUUGUCGAUAAGUUUCAAUUAAAUGACGAGUUUUUGGUUGCUGUGUUGUCAAUCACUGCUGCUAAUGCUGGAAUUACGUUGACAGCAGCCCAAUUAGUGCUAUUUGCGGAGUUACAUUGGAACCCUAGUAUUUUAAGCCAAGCCGAAAGUCGGGCCCACCGCAUAGGGCAGCAAAAUCCCGUGAUAAUAAAGUAUUUGCUGGCCCCAGGGACAGCGGACGAUUCAAUUUGGCCAAUGUUGCAAAAUAAGCAGAAAAUUCUGGAGGAAGUUGGACUUUCACGCGACUCAUUUGAGAAUGUUUCAGUCACGAAACAAGAAACUGAAUCACAUAAGGAAAAUUUAAAUAUAAGUUCUAAUCGUACAAGUGCCAACACUUUGGAUAUUACCACUUAUUUCAAGGAUACGAAAAGUGAUAGUGAAACAGACAGUUUGGAUGAUAUUUUUAAUGAUGAAAUAGAUAGAAUUUUAUGCAACUUAGAUUGAUCUAUUUCCUUAGGUUUUUUUCAAUAAAUUUAUUAAAUCAA